AUGCAAGCAACAGGUGACUAUCUUGUAGUCCACGAGAAAGCCAUGGUGGGUCGAUAUGACAAGCUGGCGGGAGCAAGGGCCAAGCUUCUUGAAUAUACAGGCGAUGGCAACAACCGCAUGGUGGUUCCAGUGAGCAAUGGCGCCGUCAAGUCCGGCCCCGACACCUUUAACAAAAACAAAUACCUGAACUGGUGGUGGGCUGGGCAUGAUGCCCUUAACAGCAUGGUCGACGUCGCAAAGACUUACUUAGUCGAACUCAACACACGCGGUGACUACCUGGUCGUGCACAAGACCGAUGUCGUGGGCCGAUAUAGCAAUCUGGCAGAUGCAAGGGCCAAGCUUCUUGAAUACACAGGCUAUGGCAACAGCCGCAUGGUGGUCCCGGUGAUUGCUGGCGCCGUUCAGGACAGGCCCGAUGACUUUAACAAGGACCACAAGCUAAACUGGUGGUGGAGUGGGUGGAAUGACAUAGACAGCAUGGUCGACGUCGCAAGAGCUUACAUCAAACCCGGCAGCUUGGCAUCGAUCUUCGGAUUUGCGCAAGGUGAGUACAUUGUAAUCCACAAGACCGACGUGAUGGGCCUCUUUGACAAUCUGGGGGAUGCAAAGUUCAGGCUUCUUGAAUAUGACGGCUGGGGCAUCAGCCGCAUGAUAGUCCCGGUGACUGAGCUGCUAUUCCAUUCCAAGUUUGAACGUAGCUUUGUGGUCGUAGGAAACAAAGAGUUCAGCUUGCAAUUUUCUCAGGUUUUCGAUGGCGCCUUUAGAUCCUCGAUUGCCUCCGGCGACUUCAACAAGGAGAACCACCUCAACUGGUGGUGGUCUGGGCAUGCUGACCGUGACCGCAUGGUCGACCUCGCCAAAGCCUACGUGGUCGAAGCGAAGAAGGAGGGCAGCUUGGCUCCGUUCUGUUGUUUCUGUGUUUUUUCCGGAAGGUUGCAGAGGCAGAAGUGCCCAGAAGCUGUCCCAUUGUGGUUCUCUCGAGCUGCAGAGAGCUCUGAAUGGGUCGGGGCUGCUUCCAUGAAUUCUGUUAACAUGUGCUACCUUUGGCUAUUGCCCAGGGGUGCAAGCAAUGAGCUGGCAGGUGAUCCGCUACUGGACAACAAGGGCGGCGAGGAUGCUUUUCCGAACAUGCCCAAAUGUACCGGCGAUUGCGACACCUCUUCAGACUGCGCGGUAGGUUUGCGAUGUUUCCAGCGGAAUGGUGUCGAAGCUGUUCCCGGGUGCCGGGGAGAGGGGAUUUCAGGUUGGGACUACUGCUACGACCCGGAAUCCUUGGACAGCACCCGCGGUGUGGAUGGUUCUCCGAACAUGCCCAGGUGUGCCGGAGAGUGCGACAAAGACUCAGAUUGCGAGGGCAGUCUGAAGUGCUUCCAGAGGAAUGGCUUUACGACGGUUCCUGGGUGCUCAGGAUCGGGCAAAAAAGAUUGGGAUUAUUGCUACGACCCCUAUGGCUUGGACAGCAGCCGGGGCGCAGAUGGUUCUUCAAGCAUGCCGAAAUGUGCUGGUGACUGCGACAAGGAUUCAGAUUGUGCGGGAAAUCUCAAGUGCUGGCAAAGAGACGGCUUCAGUGCUGUCCCGGGGUGCAAUGGCGUCGGCACAAAAGAUUGGGAUUACUGCUAUGACCCAGUCGAUGCUCUGCCACCGCCAUUGGACAGCAGCCCUGGUGUGCAUGGUUUUCCGAACAUGCCCAGAUGUGCUGGAGAUUGCGACAAAGACUCAGAUUGCGAAGGCAGCCUGAAGUGCUUCCAGCGGAAUGCUCUUGAGGCCGUUCCAGGAUGCUCAGGAUCUGGCAAGUCAAAGUGGGACUACUGCUACGACCCCACGAUGCACCAUGGAAGCCAUCUGCCAUGUCAUUAG